UCCGAGAGGAGGGUAGAGCCGCUCCGCUCACUGCUCGCGCGCAGACAGGAGCAGCGCUCAGAUGUUUUCAUUCUGAACUUAUUAAGGGGUCGCGAGAGCAAGACGUUGAGGAGCCGGACACGAGGAAGGAAAGUCUGCCGUUUAAUUUAUUUGUGCGUCCCUUUAUUUCGUGUUCUUGUAUUUCCGCGCGGUGCAAUGUGUGUUUGUCGGGCUGUUUUGGUGCUCCUGUGCGCGGUGCUGGCGGUGACUAGUGCCCGCAGGAGUUCCCCCGAGCAGGGUGAUGUGCAGGAGAAAAUCAACAGCGCCAGAUGCACGUCCAGGUGCCUCACUCUGCAUAUGACUCAGCUAACCGCCGCCUUCAGACACCUCCAGAGUGACCAAGUUCUGGUUUGGUGUGAAAACCACAGACGCUGUGCGCAGUGCCUACAGCCAUGCAAAGAACUGUGGGAAACCAGGAAGGUCCUUUCUCCAAAGUCUUGUGAGAAGCAGACCGAGUGUGUGACGAGCAGGGAGUUUCUGACCUCUCUGAGGUUGUCUCGUCAGGGGGACUGCCCUCCGCCUCAGAGAGCCACCGGAUUCGCUGCAGCCUGCGUGGAGGGCUGCUCAACAGACCAGCAUUGUCCCUCCCCCAGGAAAUGCUGCUCUAAUGGCUGUGGACACACUUGCCAAGCCCCAUCCAAUCUAUAUAAAGGUGUUCCUUUGAAGCCUCGCAGAGAGAUGAGCUUCGUGGAGAAUUCAGAGGGCCAUGUGAAGGUGGUGUGGGUGUCAAAGUUCAAUGUCAGCGUGGAGCCGGUCGUUUACAUGCUCCAGUCUCGCUGGAACGUCGGGAUUCAUCCCAGUGAAGACCAAGCCUCUCCAUGGACUACUGUAGCCAUGACCCUUUCUGAAGAUGUGGUUCUGUCAGAUUUGAGACCUCAGCGCUGGUACCAGUUCAGAGUAGCAGCCAUUAACAGCCAUGGCAGCAGAGGCUUCACCACACCCAGCAAACACUACAUCUCCAGUAAAGACCCCUCACCUCCAGAGCCUCCAAUGAAUGUCAGAGUGAGCAACCACACUCUAGACUGGACGGGUUCACAACCAGGGACCCAUCUUACAGAAAGGUCGGAAGGAAGUGGGGUCACAGUUGCGGUCUUAAUAAGCUGGGAGCCCCCCAGAGAGGGAGACCUGCCAGUCCACAACUACAGAGUCACCUGGAUGUCUCGACAUACACACACAGCGCACAAACACAUGCACACACUGCAUGCACACACACAUACAGUGCACAAUAACAUGCACACACGUCCUACACACUCACGCACACCAGAACAAGGUAAAAAGGAGACCAACAGCAGAGUGACUCAGGGGGCGCAGUGUGAACUGUGGCUGCAGGGUCUGCUGCCUGCUACUUCCUACUUCCUGUCUGUCCAGACAGUGGCCUACUGGGGUCAGAAGCGGCUGAAAAGUCCCAGAGCCCAAAUUGUCUUCAAUACAAUAACUCAUACAGGUGAAGACUUCUCCAAUGAGCUUCCCUCAUCCUCAUCAUCUCUUCCCUCCUCUCCUUCCCUCUCCUCCUCCUCCCCUUCUUCCUCUGACCUCCCCCUCUCAUCCUCUCUGCCUCACCCUGAAUCCCCCAUUAACCCUGUCACCCCUGGCAACCUGCGCCUGGAGGUUGCUGCCCCUCAUUACCAUGACGACCAGCUGCAGGUCAAGGUGUUCUGGAAGUGGCCUCACCAUGGCAGGCAGAGACACCCUGGUCCAUACAUUUUGCGGUGGCGUCCACAUACUUGCAGUACUAAUGUUACAAGCACAGAGAGAACAACAACUGUGCAGGGCACCCAUCACACCAUCACAGGCCUGCUGUUCGCCUGUAAGUACCGGGUCGCCGUGGCAAUGAACACUAACCUGGGGUCAGAGGCUGUUGCCUGGGUUACAACCCCGACUUGCUCCUCUAUCAGGGUCAGAGGAGGCAAAGCUUUGCCAUGCAACACUGAGGAGCGCCUCCUGUCAGGCAAAAAGGUGGUACUGCGUCCAGAACGACUAACUGCAGACUUUCAGCAAGUCAAUGGCACCCUGCUCACGACGCUCCGCUGGAGGAUGUCCCAUCAUGCACUGGACCCAGCAGCUGUGGAGGGGUUCCAAUUCACCUGGACGCUGCAAUCAGAUGUUACCACUGCAACAGAAGGGCAGGAAGACACACUUAUCUCCCAGACACAGACAAUUGCACCGUCUCAACGGUCGGUGUCAGUUCAUGGUCUUCAGGCUGACAGUGUUUACCAGCUGCAGCUCCAGGUGCUAACAGCAGGGGGCAGCAACGGCACCGCGAUCACCAAGACCAUACAAACUCCAGCUAUCAACACCACACUUUGAUAGGCACAAACCCCACAGCUGUCACUGUCUGCUGCAUAACGGUCAUCUACAGCUACAUCCACUUCUCCAUUGUCUUCCACAAUUGCUUUCAUUACAGUGCAGAAAACAUGAAAAAAGCUGUAAAAUAAAGAAUGUUUCUCUGUGUAAAGUAGAUCACUGUCAUAUAUAAACGGUAUUUCCUACUCUGACUGCCCCCCCCCC